UUUACUUGUCUAUAGACCUUGGUAACCACAUCCAUCUUGAGGAAACCAUGGAGGAUCACAGGUUCCAAAAGAGGUACUACUUGGAAGAAGAAGACCCUGAUCAGAAGAUCCUAGAGGAAAGAAGAAUUGCAGAAAAGGAAAAAAGAAAGAAGAAGAGAUUUCAAAUUAUGAGGAUCCUUGCCACAAAGGCAGGCAACAGGAUUAGAGAGGAAGAAGAAAAAAAUGAACAGCUGUUUCUAAUGUAUGAGGAUAAAGAGUAUUUUAAACUCGCAUUGGAAAAUAAUCUUCUUGCCCAGAAAAGGGUGAAGGCGGAAGAAGAGAAGCUAAGGAAGCAAUACAGUUGGCAGCAGUCUUGCCCAGUGGCAUUAACUCAAGCACCAGAACUGGGUGAUCAUCCCAGAUGUGUACAGAAUUUCCAUGGCUGCUGGAAGGUCUGCACUCAGGGAGAGCAGUUGGAUACAUUUCUAAAGCUCCAGGCUCAGAUAAGAGAGGAAGAGUCAUUCAAAGAGCUUCUUCCGAUGUCUGGGAGGAGGCGAAAGGCUGUUUCUGGUAUUAGAUCCAUACAGACCUCGGCUCUUAAUCCAUUUCUGGGAUUCUGAGCCCCAAGCAUGGUCUCAAGUAAAUAAAGGUGUUUCCCAGCUUUUCUGGAGGAAACACUCAACACUACAGCAAGAUUCAGAGAGAGAAUGGAGUUCUCCAGAGACUUAAUUGUUAUUCAAAACUGUGUCUACUAGUGAUUUUAAAUAUGUCAUUUGGUAUAAUUAAAACAUUAGCUAUUCAUUA